ACAAACCCAAACGGAAAACACGUCUAUUCAAAAGAACUAAUACCUUAUAGAAUGUGUCAACUCAAUAAAUAAAAAAGAGAUAAACAGUUUCGAUCUCGGCCAUUGUUGGCUACGGAAGCUGUGUCGAGUUUCAAGUUCGACACUUCAAGAAAAACAAAACAUGUCACAAAUGGUUGCAACAAAACUGAUACUAACAUUCAUGAAAACCUUUUCAACUUUUCAACAAGCAAAACAAAUCCAUGCACAAAUCUUAACCAAUGAUCUUACCCGUCUUGAACCGCUCUUCAUUCAUCGCAUUCUUCUCUGUGAUAUCACCAACUACAAAACCAUAUCACCCUACGUUAUCUCAAUUCUUCACCAUCUUCGAAAUCCAGAUUCCUUCUCAUGGGGUUGUGUCAUUCGAUUCUUCUCUCAAAAGGGUCAAUUCAUUCAAGCUGUUUCUCUCUAUAUUCAAAUGAGGAAGAUUGGGCUGUUUCCAAGCUCACAUGCUGUUUCCUCUGUUCUCAAGUCAUGUGCUAAGUUUGAGGAUGAUUUGUGUGGUGUAUCGGUUCAUGGGCAAGUUCAGAAAUUUGGAUUUAAUAGUUGUGUUUAUGUACAAACGUCGCUUCUUGAUUUGUACUCUAAAAAUGGGGAUGUUUUGACUGCACGCAAGGUGUUUGAUGAAAUGGCCGAGAGAAAUGUUGUUUCUUGGAAUUCUCUGUUGGGUGGGUAUAUAAAAGGUGGUAACUUGGAUGAGGCUCGGUGUUUUUUUUAUGAGAUUCCUAGGAAAGACGUUAUUUCUUGGAACUCUAUGGUUUCUGGAUAUGCCAAAGGAGGAAAAAUGGAGCAGGCUUGUUAUUUGUUUCGACAAAUGCCGGAGAGAAAUCUUGUUUCCUGGAAUACGAUGAUUUCUGGUUACGUUGAUUGUGGAAGCAUUGGGUCGGCUAGAGAAUUUUUUGAUGCGAUGCCGAAGAGAAACAGUGUCUCUUUGAUAACUAUGAUUGCUGGGUAUUCGAAAAGUGGUGAUGUUGAUAUUGCUCGUGAGCUCUUUGACCGGAUGGAUGAUAAAGAUUUGUGGUCGUAUAAUGCUAUGAUAGCUUGCUAUGCACAAAAUAGCAAACCAAAUGAAGCACUUGACCUAUUUAAUGGCAUGCUUAAACAAGAAAUAUCUUUACAUCCGGACGAGAUGACUUUGGGUAGUGUUAUAUCAGCUUGUUCACAACUGGGGAAUCUAGAUCAGUGGCACUGGAUUGAGACACACAUGAAUGACUAUGGAAUUGUAUUGGAUGAUCAUUUGGCCACUGCGUUAAUUGACUUGUAUGCAAAGUGUGGGAGCAUUGACAAGGCAUGUGAGCUAUUCCAUGGCCUGAGAAAGAGAGAUGUGGUUGCAUAUUCUGCAAUGAUCUAUGGAUGUGGCAUAAAUGGAAAGGUGUCCGAUGCGGUCGAGUUAUUUGAACAGAUGGUUGGAGAGUCUAUUGACCCUAAUUUGGCCACGUACACAGGAAUUCUGACUGCCUAUAAUCAUGCUGGAUUGGUCGAGGAAGGUUACCGGUGCUUUAAAUCCAUGAAGGACAAUGGCCUUGUUCCUUCGGUUGAUCAUUAUGGAAUCAUGGUUGAUCUUUUGGGGAGGGCUGGAUGGCUGGAUGAAGCGUAUAGGCUUAUAAUGAAUAUGCCAAUGCAACCAAAUGCUGGUGUCUGGGGAGCUCUACUUCUUGCCUGCAGAUUGCAUGGCAAUGUGAAGCUUGGGGAAAUAGCUGCUCAGCAUUGCAUUAAGCUGGAGAGUGAAACAGCUGGUUACUAUUCUCUUCUUUCCGGUAUAUAUGCUACUGUUGGAAAAUGGAAUGAUGCCAAAAAGUUGACGAUAGGUGUGGAAGGAAAGAAAAUUAUCAAGAUACCUGGAUGUAGUUGGACACAACUUGAGUGAUGCAUGUCACUCAAGUAAUUUAACUCCGUGAUUGGGAAAAUAAAGCUCAUAUAAUAUCCCUAUAACUAUGUCCCAUAUUAUUUUGCUUCUAAUAUGUGCUUGACAUUUUUUUGCGGGAUUGAAGUGUGAGGAAACGGGAAGGUAGUUCGAUCCGUGCUUCAGAGUCAUAAUUGUUCAGUAUGCUUGAGGGACCUGCAGCUCUUGGUUCUACAACCAGAGGCUCACCCUUUCUUCCGCAACCACUUCUUACCCUUUCACUCUCAUUCUGACAUAAGUCAAACAUUCUUUCCAUAAAAGAGUAUUCUUGUAUUGUAUCUAAGAUUUCCAAGAAAGGACAAAGAUGGUGAUUUAUAAAUGUCAAUGGAGCCUUUUUCACAAGAAUGUUAGAUUGCAAAUUCUUUCACAAGAAUGUUAGAUUGCAAAUUCUUUCACAAGAAUGUUAGAUUGCAAAUUCUUUCGAAUUAUUAAUCAAGGUACUUUAAACUUGGUAUGGAUGUUACGCCUACAAUUAUCUUGGACGACAGGUACUCUACUUUGAAUAUCUCUAAAAAGUAGUAUUAUGCAUGUGAGUCUAGUUGCUACUGAAAGUUUGUAGCAGAACCAACUCAGAAGCAGCUUUUACCAUCACAGCUGUGGUGAUGGCGGAUGUUGACUCUGCUUAGUAACGUCUUUAUCAAAUGAUGAUUAAAGAUUAAACAGAUCUCUAAGCUUAGUAAGAAUUUUGGGUUGACAGUGAGGAAGCAAACAAGUAGGGAGGUUAAAACACCUUUAAACUGCAGAUACGGGAGCUUGGCAAAAGUGUCUCUGCAUGUUUGUAUAUAAAGCAGCUUAGAUCUCAUUUGAAUGAUGAGGUGUAAUUGGAACCCAAAACAAAAGUUCAGGUUUUACGGAUGCGUGAAAAAGGAUGAACUUGAAAACUAUAAGGCUGAUUGAUAAGGCAAUUUCAGUCAAAGAUUGUUCUUUCCAGGCCCUUGUGGGAUGUGUUGCACUUAGGAGCCCUCUCAAAUGGCUUAUUUGUAAGAAGAAAUGAUAAUAAAAAUGUUGCUCUAAUGGUGGAAUAAUCGUGUAAAGUAGCUACGAAUGUAAUGAAAUUAUGUGAUAUUUCUAACUGUAGCAAUAAACUUUUCUGGACGCCAUAGAUUCUUUCAUUCAUCUCUCAUCAAUUACAUUUCUUUAUUGCUGGACUUCA